AUGGCUGAAGAUCUGCGUUGGCACUAUACCAAUGCCACUGAAGAUGGUACAAUGCAACACCCCGUUGAUUCUAUUUCUUGGGCACUCGUGAAUGAUAAAUGGCCAGACUUUGCUGCUGAUCCAAGGAAUUUUCGACUUGGGAUUUCUACAUAUGGGAUGAACCCUUUCUCCAUGCAAAACACCAAUCACAACACAUGGCCAGUGUUGUUAGUGAACUAUAACACGUCUCCAACCAUGUGUAUGAAGGCUGAGAAUAUAAUGUUGACAUUGUUAAUCCCUGGUCCAACAGCUCAUGGUAAUAACAUAGAUGUUUACCUAGCACCACUGAUAGACGAUCUAAAAGAUUUGUGGGCUGAGGGUAUUGAAGUGUACGACUCAUUUGCGAAGGAGAAUUUCAAACUCAGAGCCUUGCUGCUUUGGAGUAUCAGUGACUAUCCAGCCUUAGGAACACUGUCUGGAUGUAAAGUAAAGGGGAAACAAGCCUGCAUUACCUCUAGAGAAGGAAAAAAAAGGAAAAGACCAGAGUUGGAAGAUGAUGAGAGGGUUCAAGAAGAAGAGUGUGAAGAAUCAAAUGAACUAUGGCGGUGGAAGAAGAGAUCAAUAUUCUUUGAACUACCUUACUGGAAUGAUUUGCUUGUUCGUCACAAUAUUGAUGUUAUGCACGUAGAAAAGAAUGUAUCGGAUGCUUUAUUGUCUCUCUUGAUGCAAAGUGCGAAGUCAAGAGAUGGGUUGAAAUCAAGAAAAGACUUAGAAGAUAUUGGAAUCCGAAAGCACUUGCACACAGAAGUGAGGGGAAAGAAAACAUACUUACCUCCUGCUGCCUACUGGUUAUCGAAGAAAGAGAAGACCAUUUUCUGCCAAAGGUUAGCUAAGUGUAGAGGUCCUGAUGGUUAUUGUGGCAAUAUUGCGAAUAGUGUUUCAGUUAACCCUCCAAAUAUUGGUAGUUUAAAGUCGCAUGAUCAUCAUGUCCUAGUACAUAACUUGUUACCAGCUGCAUUAAGAGGGUUGUUACAUAGGGGUCCUAGGAUAGCCAUAAAUAGAUUAUGCAGUUACUUAAACAGGUUGUGUCAGCGCAUCAUUGACCCGGAGAAACUUAUAUCCAUGGAGACAGAGUUUGUGGAAACAAUGUGUCAACUGGAGCGCUUCUUCCCUCCAGCCCUUUUUGAUAUCAUGUUCCACCUUCCAAUACAUCUAUCAAAAGAGAUACGCUUGGGAGGACCAGUACACUUCUGCGGGAUGUAUCCCUUCGAAAGGUACAUGAAAACACUAAAGACUUUUGUUAAGAAUUAUGCAAGGCCAGAAGCAUGUAUGGCUGAGGCGUAUUUAGCUGGAGAAUGCGUUGCAUUUUGUUUAGAGUUCCUUAAAGAUUCAGUACCAGUUCAAGAAGCAGUUAAUCGUAAUGAAGAUGUUGAGGCUGACAGAAUGGUGGUUGAAGGCCAACCUCUGCAUAAGGGUAUAGAGGUUGCCCUUUCAGAUAAAGAUAGAGACAUUGCACAUCGUUAUGUGCUAAUGAACAUGGCAUCUUUGGAUCCCUUUCUUGAGAUGCAUUUGGAAGAGUUACAAGUUAAGGAUGCUCGAUUUGCUAGAAAUGAAACUUUGUUAUGGAGAAACCAUACUGAGCACUUUGCAGAAUGGCUUAAAAAUAAGUUUCAUACUGAUGCGGUCAAGCUGAAGACACAAAACAGUGGAGUAACCUAUGAAGCCUUUAGCAUGUGUAGAUCAAGUGCUCGAGAUAUGAGACAGGCCGCUGAUAUGCUUACAUACCAUGGAGUGAUAAAGGAGAUUUUACUCAUCGACUAUCACAUGUUCAAAGUGCCAUUGUUUAGAUGCAACUGGGCAAACACAUGGAAUGGUGUGAAGGAAGAAGAUGGCUUCACUCUUGUUAACCUUCAUAUGAACCAAGCAGCCUAUUUGAAAUAUCCAUUCAUUCUACCUUCUCAAGCGAAACAGGUUUUCUACUCUAGGGAGGAUGAUCAUUCAAAUUGGUAUGUUGUUAUGAGAGCACCACCUAGAGGUUAUCAUGAGUUGGAAACAGAAGAGGAUUUAGGUGGUGCACCUUUGCGUGUCCAAGAAGUUGAUGAUAUGGGUGAUGAAGCUUCGGAUGAUGAUAGUGUUUAUGUUAGGGCUGACUGUGAAGGUUUAUUAGUGGUAGAUUGA